AUGGCGUUCCAGCGCGCCGACCCCACUACAUUUGUUCCCGAAGGAAUGCAGCAUGAAGACAUCCCCAAUCGCGUGUUCAUGGUGCGCGCGGUUGCUCUGACGAGGCCGCCGGCAAGGGACGAGGACCUUGCUAUCACCACCUUCAAUCCGCUGCCGGCCAACGAGAUGCAGUUCGCUGCGGUAAGGGCCGUCCUCAGAGACUUUCUACGAUUUGAGCGUCCUACUGCAUUUCUUGAUAUCCAACCCACGCAUUUGGGGCAAGCUCUGGUUCGCUUUAAUCUGGCCUAUGAUCGGGACACCAUUGUUGCGGAGAGCCCUCACGUCUUUGGAGAUGUCACUGUCUCUUUCUCCAAGCAUAACGAAGGGCGCAACUGGUGUAGAGCCAUGUUCAAUCAUGAAUGUUGGUUGCUCUUGUUCGGAUUGCCAAACGACUACUGGACUGAGAGACACAUUCACAGUGUAGUCGGAGAGUUUGCAAGGGUUCUUCUCUGGGAGGCUGAUGAUCGCUUCCGCUGUCGACUGCUUGUGCGGGCCAGAGUUACCGAUUUGGAAAAGUGCAAUGCAAGGUUUUUACAGCAUCAUCCUCAGCAGCAGGGCCCCCCAGUUGAAGAUCCGGUUCCAGAAGAUGUGGAUAUGGAGGUGGGAUUCCCUUUCGACUUCUUUGGCCUUGGACAGCCUGCGAUUGGGCUCAAUGAUCAGGAAGAGCAGAAUGGUAUCCAGCAGCAAGAUGCCUGGGAUCCGUGGCCAGCUGAGAUUCAGGCCCAACAACAGCCCAUGCAAGAUCUAAAUGAAAACAUUCAGCAGGGACAGUUAAAUCUUAAUCUGCCUCCUCCAGAACAGGACAUCAAUCAAGAUUUGCACCCAGUUAUCUUUAUCCCAGUCAUGCCUAAAGAAAAUGGAGAGGUCUAUAUCCUGAACCCUCUUGAGGAAGAACUCAUGCAGAUAGUUGAUGAGGAGAUGCAGCUGGAGGCUCCAGAUCUCAACAUCAACAUCAAUGCAGGGCCACCAGUCUCACCUAUCAACUAUCUUGAUGAUGAGAUCCCACUAGACCAAUUGAUGGGAUCUGAAGAUGAGGGCUCUAUUAACAUAAACAAUGGGCCUGUCCAGGUCCAGGAUCAGCAGAUUAUACCAGAAUCAGAUGAGCAGAACAUUGUGGUUGGCAUGGCACUGAUGCCAUCUUUGCAGCAGAAUAUUGCUUCCAGGGUUUUGGAGGGAACCAGAGCAACGGAGGCAACAAAGCUCUGGGAUAAGUUCUUCACCAAAGAAACUUUUGGUUGGGCCACUGAAUUACUGUCCUCGCCAGCAAUUGCUCAAAUCACCAACAGUCAGGGUAACGUCUCCUUCUCAAUCCCCAAACAAUGCCCUGUAAAUAAGAAAAUAUGUGUUCUCAGCUCUGAUAAUGUGCCCACAGAGGCUAAGAGCUCCAUGGGACUGGACAACGGAAAGAACAAGGGUGUACUGAACACCCUACAAGAAGAGGAGGGCCACAAGAAGGCUGACACCCAUAGUGGAAAGUCAGUUAAAGUAAUAAAAAACCUUGGUUUUCAGUUUUGUGGGAUGGAUGCUGAGGAGGUCACCGAUGAGGCUUUGAUGAACAAGAAGAAGAAGACUGAACCAGUGGCAAAAAGAAGAUGA